AUGGCUGAGCGAGCACAAUUGCAAAAUCUGUCCGACGAAUACCAGAACCUGCAGACAGGUAAUACAAAGCAAUGCAGUCCAUAUGAACUCUUCCUGACAGACAUAAUAGAAUUGAGCACCCUAGUGUCGGCUCGGCAAAAACUCGAGUCCCAACAGCAAGAGAAUAGGAGCGUGCAAGCAGUCAGUUCCAAUCUAUUCGCCGGUCAAUUCCAUGCUCAUCGUCUUUCCAGGAGUUCAAGAACCUCGACGAUGAUGCCAAGAUCUACAAGCUUACCGGGCCUGUGCUGUUGAAGCAAGACUCUUCCGAAGCCAAAAGCACGGUCGAUGGAAGGUUGGAGUUCAUCGAGAAGGAAAUGCAUGCCAUCCUCCAUCGAUUUCGUAGCAGGCUAUCUUGCUGACAUGAAGCAGUAAGAGAAUCGAAGGUACAAUAAAAGAGAUGCAGGAGAAGAGCGAGAGCAAGAAGAUGGAAGUAAGUUGAAUCUUGUCAUUCCAUCGCAGAGUAUGUCAAGCUGACCCUACUUCGAGAUUCUGCAAAUCCAGUCGCAGAUGCAGCAGCAAGCCGGUGCCGCUUAG